AUGGACUGCGACACAGACGACAAGUGGUGCCGAGCUAUAAGCGACUUGGUAAGGGCAACGAUCAGUGAAGCGGAGCCCAAAGAGGGGCCUGCGAAGCUGACUGAUUGGGGCCUAUACAUCGGUGGCCUUCGAGAAGCCCAAGAUGUAGAGUCUUUGCGAGCCCAUGGGAUUGGCGCAGUGGUCAAUGCAGCGCCGGACGUUGUUCAUGUCGUAUAUCCAGAGGACUGGAAGUACAUUCAUGUGGAGGCGGAAGAUGAUGAGAUGUACCCACUGUUAGACAUGCACCUCGAGGCGGUUUCGGAGUUUCUGAAUGAACAGCGGGCCCAAAGAAGGCCUGUUCUCUUGCAUUGCUUCGCCGGGAUGAAUCGCAGCGCAGCCCUUUGCGCUGCCUACCUCUUAGUGAAUGAUCGAAUGGACUUGCUCGCUGUGGUCAAGCUCAUCAGCGAGCGCCGUGGCUGGAUCCUCAGCAACGAUGGUUUCGUGCAGCAGUUGGUGCAGCUCGCCAAGACUGAAAAGCUUCUGAAGCCAUCUGCGCGCUUGCAGCUGGAUGUCGUGCACGAGGAGUCAGACAAACAUUCGAAGUCGAGUUGUAGCAAGAGGGCGGCAUCAGAGCACUGUCACGCCUCGAAAUUGGGGCGAUCGUUGUCGAGGAUGUCGUCGUUCUCGUCAGAUGGACCGGGAGACGGUCCAGGAACAUUGCAGCGGACAGGGGGUCCUGAUGGUCGGCUUGUGCGCAAAUUGUCGAAGUCGUCCAGUGCGCUUUCAGAUAUCUCUACGGAUGGCUCGGAGAUGAAGGUUCCAAGGACUUCAUCUUACCAGCCGCUGCAAGCACGGACUAUCUCAGACAAAGAGCUGGGAUAUGCAUCUAGACUUCCGCGCCAAGAUUCCGUUGGUCCCGAAGUGAAAAAGAUCCGUCCCAUUCAAGAUGUCCGGGAAGGGCGCGCUGGACUGAAGAAUGGCACGUACCUUUAUGUGGUCAUGCUUGGGGAUCAGGAGCAUAUCCGACUGAUUCACGAAGACCACUUGGUGCAUGAGGGCGUCCUGGCUGGUCACACCUCGCUGGUGCAAAGAGGUGAGUUCACUCGUGGCUGGGCCAAACAGUGGGACACCAAUGAUCCACAGUUCCGCCACACUGUGCUGUAUGCUGGAGAACUUGAGUACGAAGAAGGAGACGGUGUGGUGAUGUGGAACAACCACUCGGGCCACUAUACUCCGUCCGCGGCAGAUCACGUGCGUGUGCAUCUUGAUCCUGCCACCUUUGUCGCAUUCAAUGACUGA